GUGUCUGCGAAAAGAGAUUUUACAGCAAACAAGCAGCAAUAAUGGCGGAGAAUAGAGCGAGUGGGAAAAAAAUCACCAUUAACGUGAAAACACCAAAAGAUAGGAAAUCGGUCGAGAUUGACGAUGAUGCCGAAAUCAAAGAUCUCAAACUCAUAGUGGCGGAAAAGUUCGAGACAAACCCAGAACUGGUAUGUCUGAUUUUUGCCGGAAAGAUCAUGAAGGACACGGACACGCUCAAGACACACAACAUCAAGGAAGGGUUAACGGUGUAUCUGGUCAUAAAGGCAGCACCGCGUGCAGAAUCGGAGAGUGCACGACGAGCACCGGCUGACGUGUCCCAGACACCGUUCGGAUUGAAUCAGCUCGGUGGUCUCGCGGGGCUCGGUGCACUCGGUGGUAGCCAGACCAACUUUAUGGAUUUGCAGUCGCGCAUGCAGCACGAGCUGCUGGAUAACCCGGACCUGAUGCGUACCGUACUGGACAAUCCGCUCGUCCAGCAGAUGAUGAACAGUCCAGACACGAUGCGCCAGAUACUGACCUCGAACCCACAGAUGCAGGAGCUGAUGCAGCGCAACCCGGAAAUAUCGCACAUGCUGAACAACCCGGAGCUGUUGCGACAAACCAUGGAGCUAGCGCGUAACCCGUCAAUGUUGCAAGAGCUAAUGCGUUCGCAUGAUCGUGCCAUUUCCAACCUAGAGAGUGUCCCGGGCGGGUACAGUGCUCUGCAGCGAAUCUAUCGCGACAUACAGGAACCGAUGAUGAAUGCUACCUUCCGCAAUCCGUACUCGGGCGCGUCCGAUUCCGGCAGCACCAGCGGGGGCGGUGGUAAUCCGCAGCAGGGUACCGAAAACAGAAGUCCCCUGCCGAAUCCCUGGAGUAGCGCAGGUAGUGGAACUGCCGGAAGUGGUGGAAAUCGUGGUACGGGCGCUGGUGCCGGAACGGAUGCCAACGGGACGCCGCUCGGUCUGCUCAAUACACCGGCCAUGCAGAGUUUGAUACAGCAGAUGAGUGAAAACCCGUCCGUGAUGUCGAACAUGCUGAACUCACCGGCCACCCGGAGCAUGAUGGAGGCGCUGAACGCCGAUCCGGCGAUGGCCGCCCACUUGAUGAGCCAAAAUCCGCUGCUGGCCAACAGUCCGGGGUUGCAGGAGCAGCUUCGAACGAUGAUGCCCCAGUUGCUGCGACAGAUGCAGAAUCCCGAGGUGCAACAGAUGGUCACCAAUCCGCAGGCAAUGAAUGCAAUUCUGCAGAUCCAGCAGGGCAUGGAGCAGCUGCGUUCGGCCGCACCCGGGCUGAUGAGUUCAAUGGGUAUCCCACCAAUGCCGGGCGCACCACCAUCCACCGGUGUGGGUGCAACGAACACGAGCAGUUCAGCGACCGGAACUGGGGCGACCGGUGCCGCCGCCACCGCCGCAGCGGCCGGUGCACAACCACCAAACAAUGACGGUCUGUUUUCGGAGUUUAUGGCCCGCAUGAUAAACGGGAUGGCGACCGGUACGUCCGAUACGAACAUUCCACCGGAGGAACGCUACCGGUCCCAGUUGGAGCAACUGACGGCGAUGGGAUUCGUCAAUCGGGAAGCUAACCUGCAGGCGUUAAUUGCUUCGUUCGGUGACAUUAAUGCGGCCGUCGAGCGAUUGCUAGCGCUUGGCCAAUUGUCACUAAGCUAACAAUGUGCGCCAUUGACGAUAAUUGAACUAGGUUGAGCGACACUGGAAUUCGAACACUAACUCUGGAGCAUAUUUUUGUUCAUCUAGCAGAUCGUUUUUGUUUUUUUUUUUGGGGUUUUUGGGGGGGACCGAUCCUACUUCGGCAGGAUCGAACGCACGGAAACAGGAUUUGUGUGAAUGUAUGUGAAGCGCCUAUUUACGGUGAUCUUUACGAAUUGGGUGCGUAAUGGGAAAAAAAUAUAAACUAUACAUACUAUCGUAAGCAAUUCUUGUUUCGAUAUCGACGUUCGCACACGCAAAUGUCAGCAUUUUUAAAUUUAUCUUUAGUUUAUUUUGGUUUUGCUCUUUUUUGCUGCUACACCACCCUUGGUAGAGGAUAUAUACUUUCAAAACGUUAGAAAAAGCUGAUAAAUAAUUAAAUACAAAGACAAGUGGGAGGGAAAACACACAAAUACUAGACAUUCUCUACAUUAUAAUAGUACACGCUUCAGUUUUCACAUAGGAACGCGGCUUGCCGGGACGCUUGGCGUUCCAUGUCACACUAUUUAAUCAUUCGAACAAGGAUGAUGCGGGAGGAAGGAGUUAUUUUGUGCGACAACCCGUUCGAUAAGGAUAUGAAACACUUUUGAAUGUGUAUGCUUUGGUGACAAUGUUGUUUUUACGCUAGGACAGAAGCAUAAAUGGAACAAACGAACGUAAAAAUAAUAUUUUUAACGCUUUCUUUACUUACCACCCAAUGUUUCGUUAGUAAAAUUCUGAUCAAAACGGCAAGGAUACCCAAUAUCCUAAAAGACGGGAGUAAUUCUAGAGAGCAAACUAGUACCACCACACACAACAUACACACGCAUACACUUUCUGUACUUUGUCGUAAUUGAAUGUGAAACAAAAGCAAAUGUGAAGAUUUAAAAGCCACACUUUAGAGAACGAAAUGCUCUGACCCCUGAACCACACACGGAAUAGAAAAUUCAAUAAAGCAAAGGUUUGCCCUCAGCAAAACGGAGAAAACGAAGCAAAUGUAGAAAGCCAACAAAUUGAUAUAUUUGUUGGUUUGGUGGUUUAUUGGUGGAUUGCGAUUUCAAAAUAAAACACGCUGCGAUGUCUAAUUUUUCCCAUCCCCUAUACCAGCGUCGAUGGAUAGAUAUACCUAUAAAUAUAUGAAUAUAUACAUACUUUACUAGUAUAUUCAAUAAACAGUU